AUGUCUUCCACGGACCGUGAAGCACUGAUUGCCCUGUUUCGUUCGACCGGCGGGGCUGGGUGGAUGCGAAGAGACAACUGGGACACAGAUGCUGUCCUGGGGACAUGGCAUGGAGUCAAAGUCAACGACCAGGGCCGGGUGGUCAUGCUUAGCCUGGAUCAGAACAACCUCCAAGGCCACAUCCCGCGGCAGCUAGGAGAUCUUGGCGCCCUCGAGACCCUCAACCUCGGCUUCAACAAGCUAGAUGGUCGUAUCCCUCCGGAGCUAGGGAAGCUUGGCGCGUUGAAGACACUCAGACUCAGCGUCAACAAGUUAGAUGGCCCCAUCCCACCGGAGCUUGGAGAUCUCCGAGAGCUGCGGGAGCUGUGGCUCUACAAGAACAAGCUCACAGGACCCAUCCCCAAGGAGCUGGGAGCACUUAGUAGGCUGGAGACGCUUUGGCUCGACGACAACAACCUCACAGGUCCCAUCCCUGUGGAGCUUGGACGGCUCGCCGUACUGGUGUACCUCAGCCUUAGGGGGAACGAGCUAACUGGACCCAUCCCCAAGGAGCUGGGAGCACUUAGUAGGCUGGAGAGCUUUGGCUCGACGACAACAACCUCACAGGUCCCAUCCCUGUGGAGCUUGGACGGCUCGCCGUACUGGUGUACCUCAGCCUUAGGGGGAACGAGCUAA